UGUAUACUGUCUACUUUUGACAUCAAUUUGUGUACCAAAUGUCAUUGUAAUUCGGGGAAUAACAUAGUCCGUUUUUUUUUCUGAAUGGCAAUUGACUAAUUUAUAACUUGCUUAUAGUUAAUGUCCAUUGUACCUUUAAUAAUAUUGAAGUGAAUUUUUUCGUCAAAAUGGGCGACAGAAGAUGUAACCUGUGUAAUACUGGUGACAAUGAUUUUAAUCAUACAGACUCUCCUUUACAUCGAUUUAAUUUCUUAUUGUUUGCUUGGAGAGAUUAUAAGAAACCUUUGUUACGAAAUCAAAAGGGAAUUACCAUUGUUGUUAACCACUGUGAGUCAGCAAAUGGACAGUGUAAAUUUUUUGAGGCAAAGGGUGAACAUUUUGUACAGGUUACACCAAAUCAGUAUUAUGAUCAUGGUAGUUGUAUUAUUUUUAAUUGUAAUGUUAACAAUACAAGCAAAAAUAGCAUUUUAAUAACCAGCGUUCGACUGAUACAUACUACCGAGUUAUUUACUUGGUAUGAGGAUGAUAAUGUUAUUAGAAAUGGUGGAUAUAUACAGUUGGAGCCCAAUUCAACUUAUCCAAUAUAUGUUAAAUUUAAAAAUAAAGAGGCUGUUAUUGGUAGCAUAAAGAAUACAUUGAUUAUUAAUUUUCAACUCCUGGAAGACCCAGAAGAACGGUUUACUAUAGCACGAACAUUUUGUGUACAUAUAACUGAAUAUGGAGAAGAAACAUUAAAUGAGAGCAGCCCAUUUGUGGAUAGUGAUUGGGAUAAAGUGCAAAAAGUUACUCUUGUCCCACCCAAGAAAAAAAUGAAAUAUACAGAAAAAUAUCCGAUUCCCCCAGAAUAUGCUCUUUGCUUGAAGUUUGGAUUAAAACACCACCAAUCUAUGAGUGAUCACAACAUUCUUUCCCUUUUGCAGCAAAUGAUUUAUCCAGGUAGAGUAACUGCUACUAAUUACAAGAUGUUUUUCCAUAUUAUGCUAUGGUUGGAAGAAAUGUCUCAAAAGUUGAUGCUUAGGCGCUAUAAUAUGUCCAAUGUGACAGUGGAACUCCAUUACAACUAUGUCGAAUUAGAAGUGCCUGGAUUGGCUGAAAAGAGACCAUCGUUGAUUCAAGGCGAUAUGAUUGAUUUACGUAUCCACGAGGACCAUACUUGUUACCGUGGAAUAAUUACCCGGAUUAACGACAAAACUAUAGAAAUAACGGAUCUUAAUGAUCAGUUCAUUAAUUAUUUAGAGAAACAUCCGAACAUAGAAUUGGAUGUGCGCUUUGUGAUGGGACGGUUACCGUUGGAGAGGAUGCAUGAGGGUGUCGAUCGCACAGUUCUCGGGGGUCUAUCAAAAAAUUUGUUCCCUAAUUUUUCAAACAUUGCGGUCAUUGAGAACAAACAAUUGGCUGAUAUUGAGUUCGUGAACAAAUCUAUCCUUACUAACAGAGAACAGCGCACCGCUGUUUCGAAUAUUCUGUUCAACACAGCGCGAAACAUUCCAUAUAUUGUUUGGGGCCCACCCGGUACAGGCAAGACUGUUACCCUUGUUGAAGCCGUCUUACAAAUAAAACGGCAUACAAAUCAUCGAAUUUUGGUAUGUGCUCCAGCCAAUGCCGCUUGCGAUAUGAUUGCCACCAAACUGUUGGCACAUUGUACCCGCAAUGAACUCAUUCGUGUACAUUCUGAAUCGGUAGAAAUGUCUUCAAUAAACGAGUACCUUCUCGAAUACAGUAAUAUCAAUGCCGGUCAAUUCAUCAAGACAUCACCUCAAGAGCUCAACACGUAUCGUAUUGUCGUCACGACGCUAGUGCUUGUUGGUCGCUAUGCCGCCAGCUACAAACCCGACGUGGUGUUCGUGGAUGAAGCGGCGCAGGCCCCUGAACCUGAAGUCGACAUUGCCAUAGGAUUUUUACGCCAGGACCGGAUGCAGCUGAUCCUGGCCGGUGAUCCGAAGCAAUUGGGUCCUAUGUGCUGCUCUAAGGUCUGCGAAAGUCAUCAAUACGAAAUGUCUCUACUGGAGCGAUUGAUGGAAUUUGAAGGGUAUAGAAAGUCAAAUCCCAAUUACAUAACAAUGUUACGUCAAAAUUACAGAUGCCAUCCGUUAAUUCUUUGUAUACCAAACACUGAGUUUUACAACAAUCAGUUGGCUGCCAUAUCAAAUAACGCCUUAUCUGAUCCCGUUGGACAACAUUUUGUGUUUGAAAGAGAAUACGAUACGAAUAUAACGAACGGGUUGACGUCCGGUGGCAAACCGAUAGAGUUUUACAGUGUAAUUUCAAAAGAGAAAAGAGAGGGUCGUUCCCCUAGUUAUUUCAAUCUGGCUGAAAUCCAGAUGGUUAUAAAAUACGUAUCGAAAUUACUUGGUGAUACCCGUUAUAAUGUUGAGCAAGUAGAUAUUGGUGUUAUAACACCGUAUGUCAGACAGGUAUAUAAAAUCAGGGACCGUCUAAGAAAGAACGGGUUUGACAACGUGGAAGUCGGUACUACUGAAACGUUCCAAGGCCGAGAAAAGCGCAUCAUUAUUAUCAGUACAGUUCGGGCGCAACAUUCACUUCUUAGAGUUGAUCGAAAAUAUAAUUUGGGAUUCGUUCGCCAUGAAAAGCGUUUCAAUGUUGCAAUGACUAGGGCGAUGACCAAGCUGGUUGUGAUAGGAUGUCCCCAUGUGCUCGUGUACGACGACAGAUGGCGUAAAUAUAUUGAGUUGUGUGAGGCUCACGGUGCAUAUUUCGGAGCACCCUUCGUCCGACGUACCAAUGAAGUCAUUAAUCAAAUAUCCGCCAACCUUAAUACCGUUACAAACUUUUCACAAUACCAACAAAAUUAUCACGAUUUAUAAUUAUCAUACUGUGAUUUCAUAUAUUCACAAAUAUUUUUUAUCUAUUUUUAUAUAUAUAUAUAAUAUAUAUUCUGCACUAUUUUUCUAAAGAUUUUCAAUUUUUAAUUGUCUGAAGUGAAUGUAAUAAGAACUAUUUUUAAAUUGUUACAAGUAUUUUAAAAAUAUUGACGUUAAUGUGCAAAUAUUGAAUUGUACAAAUAUAUAUGAUUAUUAUUAGUCACUUAAGAACUAUUUUCAUUGUCGAAAUUUUUAUUUAAGAAACUGUAUGUGCUAUUAUUGAUUUUUUAAAACUAAUUUGAUUUUAUUUGAAGUGUUCAGAAUGUGAUAGAUUAUUUUAUCCGUUAUAUUUCUCUGAAUUUUGGUUACAAUAUGCUGGUUGAAGUUCGCAGCGUGAAAGUCUAGACAGAUUAUAUUCUAAAAUGUUCUUAAGUGAUCCUUAUUAUUUAUUAUUUCUGAAUAGAAGGUUGUAACUGCAAUUUAAAUAAUAUUUUGUUUAUGUUUAAGACCUAAAUGACGUAAAUUGUUUCCAUUCUCAAGUACUAUAAUGCAAUUUGUGAUCUAUAUAUGUGAUUGUAUCUUAUUAGUUGUUUAAUAAAAUUUAUUUUAUAUAA